AUCCAGGGCCACCAUUCCCCUGCCCUAAUCACCCAGGGCCGGAUGCCAGAAAAUUAGGGACAAGCGAGAGAGCUUAUCUAUGCCUCCCAGAGCCCACUGAAACUAUUUAAAUUAGCCAAUCCUAAACCUGUCGACCCUGCCUUCACCCAGUCCUUCCACAGAAACCACAAUAAAGACUCCUACCCACUUUCCCCUCGCCUGGCCUCCUGACUGAUCCUGUGAUUUUGCCACGUGACCACGUGGGGCAUGGCAUGCCUCCUCCUCUUGGAAACUAGGUUGUUUCUGGUGGUCUAGUCUCAGAAAUUAUAUCUCCAGUCUCCACAAUGAUUCCCUUCCAAGCCCAGUGGUGCCCCGUUGCCUCCAGGUUUCAGACUCCUAUGUGGACAAGAAAAGCUUACUAAGGAAAUGGUAAUUCUGCAGUUGCUCCCCGAGGUGCCAAGUGUCCAGUUACAGCCCAUGGAGAUCCACUUCAAUUAUGAAUCUCAAGAACACCACCUUCUGUCAGAUGGUGAGACUAAGACCAAGAUUGGAGAGGUGACUUCAGAGGAGGAAAUUACAACAAAAAUUGAACCAUUGCCUGAAGAGUCUGGCAACCCCAGAGAUGAUGUUCUCCAGGAUUCUGAAUGCAGAGGAUUCUAUGAAUUGGGGGAUAAAUUAAAUGAAAAGAAUCAAAAUCUCCUUAAAAGAAAACAGAAUAACUGUGAUGAAUGUGGGCAAAGCUUUGCUUGGAGUACAGGCCUUAUUAGGCACCGAAGAACCCACUGGGAGAAACCCUAUGAAUGUGAUAAGUGUGGAAAGGCCUUUAGUGUGAGCUCAGCUCUGGUUCUGCAUCAGAGAAUUCAUACAGGGGAGAAACCCUAUCCUUGUACUUGGUGCAUUAAAAGUUUCAGUCGGAGCUCAGACCUUAUUAAACAUCAAAGAGUCCACACUGGUGAAAAACCUUAUAAAUGUGAUGAAUGUGGGAAAGCCUUCAGUCAGAGUUCUGAUCUCAUUAUCCAUCAGAGAAUCCAUACAGGAGAAAAACCCUAUCAAUGCAGUCAUUGUAGUAAAAGCUUUAGCCAGCGCUCAGACCUGGUUAAGCAUCAGAGAAUCCAUACUGGAGAGAAGCCUUAUACAUGUAACCAGUGUAACAAGCAUUUUAGUCAGAGUUCUGAUGUUAUAAAACAUCAAAGAAUCCACACUGGGGAGAAACCAUAUAAAUGUGAUGUGUGUGGAAAAGCCUUCAGUCAGAGCUCAGAUCUCAUUCUGCAUCAGAGAAUUCACACUGGGGAGAAACCAUAUCCAUGUAAUCAGUGUAGCAAAAGUUUCAGUCAGAACUCAGACCUUAUUAAACAUCGAAGGAUCCACACUGGAGAGAAACCCUAUAAAUGUAAUGAAUGUGGUAAAGCUUUUAAUCAGAGCUCAGUCCUUAUUCUGCAUCAGAGAAUUCACACUGGAGAGAAACCCUAUCCAUGUAAUCAGUGUAGCAAAACCUUCAGUAGACUUUCAGAUCUCAUGAAUCAUCAAAGAAUUCACACUGGAGAGAAACCUUACCCAUGUAGCCAGUGCAGUAAAAUGUUUAGUCGAAGAUCAGACCUUGUUAAACAUAAUAGAAUUCAUACAGGUGAGAAGCCCUAUGAAUGUGAUGAGUGUGGGAAAACCUUUAGUCAGAGCUCAAAUCUUAUUCUCCAUCAGAGAAUCCACACUGGAGAGAAACCCUAUCCAUGUAGUGAUUGUACUAAAAGUUUUAGUCGUCGUUCAGACCUCGUUACAUCAAAGAAUACACACUGGAGAGAAGCCGUAUGCAUGUAACCAAUGCAAUAAAAGUUUCAGUCAAAGCUCAGACCUCACUAAACAUCAGAGAGUGCACUCUGGGGAAAAACCCUAUCAUUGUGAUCAUUGUGAGAAAGCUUUCAGU